GCCAGUUAGCCACGUUCUUCAAACCCUAGUAAGCUAAGCAGUAUCCAACCAGUAAAACCACUCCUCCACUGCAUUGCUCUACUCCAACAGUGAACUUCCCGCAUAUCCCCAAAACCUUACGAGUUACGCCAAGUUUCACAACUCGGUCGAGUUUGAGGUUCCUCUGUUCAAUUCGCUUCCCCCAUGGCCGAGUUAUCGGCUGAAGUUGCAACCGACAUCCACGAUGCACCACCUGAAUAUCCUCCCGCGCCGCCGUCCGACGGCGGAGGAGCUCCCACACCAGCUGCUGCGACGCCCGAGGAGUUGGCGGCCAAAGGAGUUGCUCCGGUGAAAGCCGACUUCCUGUGUCCUCCUCCUCCUUCCAGGACCUCCCAAACUGCUGCUAAUAACUCUGCGUCGACCGCCGUGGCGGCUCCUCCGUCCGGCGUGCUGAAGCAAGGGAAGUCUAAGCGCCAAUUUAAGCGCGAACGGCAGCAGGAGCAAAAGACGUCUCAUCUCUGCCCAGUGAUAGCGAAGAGUGGCGAUGUUAGUUCUUGCAAGUUCGGCGAUGGCUGCCGAUUCAGCCAUGACUUGGAGGGUUUCAAGGCUCAGAGACAGGAUGAUCUGGAUGGAGAAUGUCCUUUCAUAAGCGAUGAAGGGAGGUGCCCUUAUGGCCUGGCAUGUAGGUUUUAUGGCACGCACAAGGAAGCUGUUGCUGGUGAUAAUAGCUUGAUUGUACCCAAGAAAAAUUUCUCCGAGACAAAUGAAUUGACCAAGGAUGUUCAAAGGCUUUUGUGGAAGAACAAUAUGAAAUUUCCUAAAGCAGAUGCCAAACUGAAAGCUCUUGGCCUCAUGGGACCUGGUGUGAAAGGGAAAAAGCCGGAUAAGGAGGAAGGUAGUGAGUGUGCUGUUAGUAAUCACGAGGCAAAUGAGAAUGGUUGCAGUAAUGGGGUUGAUGCGAAAGCUGACAACCUGAAUGGCGCUGGAGAAGAGGCUCCGCAAGAGAAUAACGUGGUAGAUGAACUCAGGCCAUCAAAAAAAGCAAAACCAGAUGUGGCUGAGCUAGGAUCAAAUAGUCCGGGAAACGAAGUUGAUCAAAAUAUCCUGGAUAAGCAGCCAGAGGCUGCAAGUCAAGAUCAUCUAUCUGUAGAGACAGAUGGAAGUUUGAAAUCACACCCACGUGAAAAAAAGCUCGUUGACUUCAGUGGAAAGCUAUAUCUUGCACCAUUGACUACUGUUGGAAAUCUUCCCUUCCGAAGGCUUUGCAAAGCAUUGGGAGCUGACAUUACUUGUGGUGAAAUGGCAAUGUGCACAAAUCUGUUACAGGGUCAAGCUGCGGAAUGGGCAUUGUUGAGACGCCAUUCGUCUGAGGAUCUAUUUGGUGUACAAAUUUGUGGUGCAUAUGCGGAUACAGUAACACGUGCUGUUGAGCUCAUAGACCGAGAAUGUACAGUGGACUUCAUUGAUAUAAACAUGGGCUGCCCCAUCGAACUUGUUGUGAGCAAAGGUGCUGGCUCUGCUCUCCUCAAUAAGCCAACCCGUAUGAAAGGCAUUAUAGAAGCUGCGAGUAGCACAGUAGAAACACCCAUCACCGUGAAGACUUUAUAUGCCAUUCUUCUACUACUAUUACUACAGGUUAGAACUGGAUACCUGGAGGGGAAAAACAAGGUCGACUCUUUAAUUGCUGAUAUUGGAAACUGGGGAGCCACUGCCAUAACGGUUCAUGGUCGAACAAGACAGCAACGUUAUAGCAAAUCUGCAGACUGGGAAUACAUAUACCAGUGUGCUAGAAACGCCCCCGAAUCACUGCAAGUGCUAGGAAAUGGAGAUAUAUCUGCAUACACUGAUUGGAACAUCCAUAAAGCUAGCUGCCCCGAACUCUCUUCAUGUAUGAUAGGCAGAGGUGCACUGACCAAGCCAUGGAUAUUCACUGAAAUCAAAGAACAGAGGCACUGGGACAUCAGCUCUGGAGAACGACUCGAUAUCUUGAAGGAUUAUGUCCGGUUUGGCCUUCAGCAUUGGGGAUCGGACACAAAGGGAGUGGAAACGACUAGGCAUUUCCUGCUGGAAUGGCUGAGCUAUACAUUCAGAUAUAUACCGGUCGGUCUUCUGGAGAUCCUUCCACAGCGGCUAAACUGGCGACCACCCUCUUAUUUUGGACGCAACGAUCUCGAGACGCUCAUGGCCUCUGAAUCUGCAGCUGAUUGGAUUCGAAUCUCUGAAAUGCUGCUUGGCAAAGUUCCGACUGGCUUUACGUUCUCACCCAAACACAAAUCAAACUCCUACGACCGAGCGGAGAAUGGCUAAUGGCUGCUUCCGUGCCUCAGGAAGUUUCAUUACUUGUAUAACAAGCUACUGCCGAUCCCCCCCAGAACUGGGAACUUCACUUGAAUGUUAGAGCCACAGAUUUUACAGUACUGCUAAUAGCUAUCAUCAGAAUUUCCAGAAGAGAUGUGAUUGGCCAACUUAUCCUAUUGUUCUCUUCGUCCGAUUUUGCCAAUUUUUGCUAAACGAAAGCUCGAGGCUAAUCGACAAUCAUGAUAGCAGAAGUUUAUCUAUGCUUUGAUGCC